GGUUUUGCUCGGUUUGUUACAUGAAGUGGUUGCUUUAAUACCUCCAGCAGCAGACAGACAGGCAGAUUACAGAGCGAGAGCCACUCGCCCUAUAGGAAAGAAGGAGUAAAAUAUCUCAAUAUAUUUCGAAGACUAACUGGCUGGGGGAGGUGAACGCGCUAUUCUUGUAUCCAUAAAAGCCUGCGUUAAAUAACGACAACGCAUAACCCAGCAGAGGUGAAGCAAGCAAACAAACGGCCCUUGCCAGAGAGGUUUGCUGCGAAGACUGCAAGUCGUGCACGAACAGCAGCAUCGUAUCGCAUUUAGAGAUGAAAGUCAAGCAAGGCUGCGACGCGGGUGUCCCGUGUACGACUGAAGAGGUUUUGUUAAAAAGCACAGAAAUAACACCGGAGGAUGUACUCGGGCUGCAAAAGAUCACAGACAAUUACCUCUGUGGUCCAGAGCAGAACAUACACAAGAUCGACUUCACCAGGUUCAAAAUCCGAGACAUGGAGACAGGCACAGUUCUUUUUGAGAUCACCAAACCCCCUACAACAGAGAGUGGGGAGGGCAGGACGGACUUUGACCAGAACGCCGGGCGCUUUGUGCGUUACCAGUUCACCCCCGCUUUUCUCCGACUACGCCAGGUUGGCGCCACGGUGGAGUUCACUGUAGGCGAUGUUCCCAUCAACAACUUCCGAAUGAUCGAGAGGCACUAUUUCCGUGGGCAGCUGCUGAAGAGCUUUGACUUUGAGUUUGGUUUCUGCAUCCCGAGCAGUAAGAACACCUGUGAACACAUCUAUGAGUUCCCACCACUGUCUGAAGAUAUAAUGCGUGAAAUGGUCCUUCACCCUUAUGAGACGCAAUCUGACAGCUUUUACUUUGUGGACAACAAGCUUGUGAUGCACAGUAAGGCAGAUUAUUCUUACAACGGCGGACCGUAGGAAGUCAUUCUCACCUUUUGCACUGAUUUGCAGUGGACCGGCAGAGGAACAUCUACUGAAAGUGGCAUCUAAUCUUAUAUGUGAUGAUGCGUUCGGUUAAAACAAACAAAAAACAUCCCGAUCUCAGGAUAUGUAUGUGUGUGUGUGAGAAAAAAAGAAUGUUGCUCAAAAUGGGCCAGUACUACUUUGUACUACCAAUUUACCUUAGAAUCAUGUAAAUGUGAUAACUCUGUCUCUUCGAGGAUAUGAGUGUACCUGUGCACAUGUGCAUUCAUUGCAAGCUCUGUUUUUUAUGUUUUUCAAAGCCCAAAGCCAAAUAAUUUUAAACAACUGUUUAUACAGUGAUUUCGCUCAAGGCUUCUAAAGCAUAAAAAGAGCAUCAUGUUGAUUUGGUUAAAGAUACAGUGGCCAAUGCAGUGUAUAAAAGAAGGGAUUCCUACAAAUAGGCCUGGUUUUGCUUUUAUUUUUCUCACUUUAAUUUUUGAAUCUUCAUAAUUUGGUCGAUGAUGUAAAUCUAUGUUAUUUAUAUUAAUAUGCUCUUAUUUAUAUUGAUAUAUCUUGUCACACAUAUUUUUAAUAGCAAAUUUUGUCAAAUGAUAGUGAUAGAUAUCUGUGUCAAUUGUUUCAUGUGAUUUA